CGCACAGUUUUCAUCUAACGUCACCGUUUUGAGAUUUUCUUUCACGAUCAUCCCCAAAGGCCAAAGCAAAAAGAUACUACAAGCCACAAGGGUAGAACUUAGAAGGGUGACAACCAUCGGCUGCAAAGAAAGGGCCGUUUUCCUGAGAAUUAAUUAAUGGCAGAGGAAGUAGGAGCAGAAUCCGAGACUGGGAAGGUGGAGAAGGCGAUGGAAGGAGUGGCAUCAAUAGCACUGUUGCCAUGUGGGUCCAUCUCUGGCCACUUCAUCCAACUUCCCCAUUCUGUCUGCUAUGGCCUUCAUGGCACAGAGUUGGAAUGUGAAAGCGAGUGCAGCAGGGGUGAGGAUUACCGCUUGAUCAAGCUUACAAUCAUCGACUACAAUAGAAAGAAAGAGCAAAGUCUCGUAGUGGAGUGCAGAGGCCAUGAUGCUGCCCGCUUCCACAGCAUUGAUCAUGCUCAUGGGUGGGAGAAUGAUGUUGUGGGUAUGGUUGAACAUAAGGAUGGAAAGAACAAGAUUUUGGUUUCUUUUGCAUGUGAGACACUGAAAGCCGAGAAAGCAGCAGAAGAACAUAUCAGGCAGUUCAUGCCAAAAUUGGCCGGGCUCGACGUUGUUGUUAACAUCGGUCCAAUGAGCAUUGCUGGGCUUGACUUUGGAGCAGAAGAACCGGACAUUAGGCAGGAUGUAUGAUCCUGUGAGUGUGAAUGCGCUUCUAACCUUGUUUGUACUCAAUUGGAUUGUAAACCCUGACCACGUGAAAUCAGUUUGAUCCAUGCAGUUCAUUGCAAUAUGAGUUUUUAUUUAUUGUUUUUA